AUGCACUCAGAAGCACUGGUGAUAUCCUAUUUCUUGAGAUCUUGUUCACUGAAAGUGUCCCUCCCUCCAAAAAUGCUUCGCCGUACCUUUCUAAGCGCUGAGCGCAGGAUUCCGUUCUACCCGAUCAACUCGAAUAACCCCAUCGUGUUCUUCGACAUCUCUAUCGGAUCGCAGCCGGCAGGGCGUGUCGAGAUGGAGCUCUUCAAGGACGUCGUGCCGAAGACGGCCGAGAACUUCCGCGCGCUUUGCACCGGUGAGAAGGGUGUUGGCCGCUCUGGCAAGCCUCUCUGGUUCAAGGGAAGCCGUUUCCACCGCGUUAUACCACAGUUCAUGUGCCAGGGUGGCGAUUUCACUGCCGGCAACGGCACCGGUGGCGAGUCCAUCUACGGUCACAAGUUUCCUGAUGAGUCCUUUGCCGGACGUGCCGGAAGGCAUUUUGGCCCGGGCACGCUGUCAAUGGCUAAUGCCGGCCCCAACACAAACGGCUCUCAAUUCUUCAUCUGCACCGCUCCCACCGACUGGCUGGACGGGAAGCAUGUCGUGUUCGGCCAGGUCACCAAGGGCUAUGACGUCAUCAUGAAGGUGGAGACUCAGGGCAGCCAAUCUGGUGCUACCCGCCAGCCCAUCACGGUCACUGACUGUGGUGAGAUCAAGCAAGAGUAG